AAAUCUUGCCCAUUACUCAUACGGCGACGGAGUACUAACUAACUCUCUUCAUACCUAUUCAUGACUUGGUCUCUAUAUUCUGGGCAUUUUGGAUGAAACUUUUUCAGAUGAUUUCUCAUUCGUCUGUGAAUUCGCCACGUUGCUUUGGAUGUGCGCCUGACAUGAUAGGAUGAUAAUACACUGGGCAACAGGAGUCACCGGAGACUGGAGUUUCAAAUUCGUCGCGUCGGUCUGAAUAAGUCGAAAGAAAGGAAUCCGGCACGUUGAGUCACAGAAAAAGAAAGGGAAAAAAUGCCACAGAACCUACGAUCCAUCCUGGGCAAAUCCAACCGGGUGAGGAAGCCCAGCAGGCCAAGCCCUGCCAGACAGAGCUCUACAAGCACCGCAAAGGCUUCUUCAUCCCAGUCUCCCCGGAAGGCCAAGAGGCCGGCGGCGAAAAAUGACUUGGAUGCAGAGUUUCAGGACAAGCUCUCGGACGUGGGAGUCGUCAAGCUGCUCCAGGAGGAGCUGACGCUGAGAGACGUGGUCCAGGCGAUGCGAUAUGUUCGAAACGGCAUGUUCACGCCCGUUCCGCCUACGGGGUUCAAGUCUACGCGGUCGGCUGAGAUUCUCAACUACAGGCUGACGGUGCCGCCCAUCGUCACGCUGGGCCACCUGAAUGCGAUCCUGACUUCGCCGUCAAAGGUGGAGCGCGAGGUGGUCGAGCUCUCUAGGAGCGGCGUGCUGCGCAAAGUGAGGGUCGAGCGGCGAGGCGGCAUGGGCGAGGCCCUGAUCGAGGCGUCGGAUCUGGAGGCCAUGGUGCGCAAGACGGGCAUGUCUGAAGGGGCCAAGGAGCAGUUUCUCGAGUUUCUGAAGAAUAAUCCUACGGCCCAGACGAUUCCUAGGGGCGCCGUGACGCAUGCACAGACGGACGAGCUGGUGAGAGCGGGAUUCUUGACGAGCUCGCUAAAGGCCGCGCCGGGGACGACACUUCAUGUCCGUCCCGAGGACCGCACGACCUUGACUUCUAUCCAUCACGUGUCUCGCUUUGCCUCUGGGAGCGUCUCGGCAGUGGGAGGCCAGAAUGCGCUUCAUCUUGCGGGCGGUAGCGGCGGCGCGCCGACCUUGACGGGAUCAUCGCUGGCUUCAUCAGAGGCGUCCGACUUCCGCAUCGCGGUGCCGGGACACGGGCGGUAUCUCAAGCUCGCGGAGGGGGCGGUGGACUGGCUUCGCGAGUUGCUGGACAAGACGAGAUGGGGCGAGGCGCCGGAGGCCUGGUUCCGAGAGCGGUUUGAAGGAGGAGGUCUUUACGGGACGCGGUGGAAGGACUUUUGGGGCGUCGAGUGGGAGUGGGUGCUGGGGCAGGCGGUUGGGCUGGGCAUCGUUGAGGUUUUUGAGACGGGGAGUGUUGGAAGGGGAGUGAGGGCGUUGGGAGGGUGAUUAUUUCGACACAUGUGGCGUUGAAGGGGGGUCCCUGGGGUGUAUAAGUGAGAAAUCGUUUAUGCCAAUAAUGAUAGCCGAGAUGGCGAGUGAUGAGCCUGGUAGGGCUGGUGAGGAGGAUAUUUGCCGAGAUAUCAAUGUCUUGCUUGCAUGUAGUUGAAUGGAGUUGGGACACGAUGUUAGUGGAAUCUGCUUAGCCGGAUGAAUGAUUUACAUAUCACCUUGAUGUUAUUUUCCGCUAUACCUUGUAUAUGGAAAUUUCUCGUGAUGGACUACAAGAUGGAGGAUUGGGAGUAUGAUA